GUGGCUAAUCUCCAUCCGCCCGACCGGACGGUGUGUAUCUAAUCGCUCCCAUCCCUCCAGGGAGACGGUUGGCGGUGGGAGGAGCUCGCGGAGGAGCACGAGACUCCGACCGGCUGUCACGCGGGCGGUUCUCGUCCAGCGCUCGUGCUCGAGUGGCCAGCGGUUGUGGUCCGUGUGCUGAAAAAAAAAAAAAAAAACCCCCACAGAGCAUCACUUUACAGCGACGGAUGCAUCGACUCUCCUGACCGCCGAUAGGUUGAAGAAAACAGUUAUAGUAUGAAUCAGAGCCAAAAACCAGACCAAAGUGAGGAGCAGGAGGAGGUGACUGGACUGGUAUGUCAGGAGGAUGACCUGAAAGAUGGACAGAUGAAGGAAGUAACUAUAGGGGAGCAGAAGGUGUUGCUAGUCCGUACCCACGGUCAGUACAGUGCUGUUGGAAGCCAGUGCUCUCAUUACAAUGCUCCUCUCGUCAAAGGAGUACUGGUGGGUGACAGAGUCCGAUGUCCCUUCCACGGUGCUUGCUUUAAUGUCAGAACUGGAGAUCUUGAAGAGUAUCCGGGUCUAGACUGUUUGCCCAGCUAUAAGGUCAAGGUUGAGGAUGGCAACGUGUACAUUUCCAUCAACAAAAAAUCUCUUAAGCUGACCAAGCGAGUGAAGGAGAUGUGCAGCUUGGUACCAGACAUCAAACAUACUAUUCUGCUCAUAGGAGGGGGCCCUGCCUCCCUGGUUUGUGCUGAGACGCUGAGACAGAACUGCUACCAAGGUCGAAUCAUCAUGUUCACCAAAGACACCCUCCCUCCGUUCGACAAACCCAAACUGAGUAAGGCUAUGAAUGUGGAAAGCAGCAGCAUCCUCCUCCGGCCAAGUGACUUUUAUCAACAAUAUGGAAUAGAGGUGUGGACACAGAAGGAGGUGGUGUCGGUAAACCCAGCUGAUAAGACGGUGAAGUUGAGUGACGGCAUUUUGCAGCACUACGACCAGCUCCUGAUCUCAACUGGCUGUAGAGCGCAGCCGCUCAGGUGUCCUGGUUGUGACCUGCAGGGAGUAAAGUUACUCCAGAAUUAUGAAGAUGCCAAAGAUAUUUACAACUCCUGUCUUGGCCAGAAAACUGUCGUCAUCGGAGCUUCCUUCAUAGGCAUGGAGGUGGCGUCCUUCUUAUCAGACAAAGCUGCCAGUGUGGCCGUGGUUAGCACGACCCGAUACCCGUAUGAGCGGUCUCUGGGCCCGGAGAUUGGCAAAAUGACGAUGCAAAUGCUGGAGGAACAAAAUGUGAAGUUUUACAUGAAUGACAAAGUCCGUGAGAUCAAAGGGGAGAACGGCAAGGUGAAGGAGGUAGUGCUAAACAGUGGCACAGUCCUGGAGGCUGAUGUGGUGAUCGCUGGCAUUGGUGUAAUCCCCAAUUCAGACUUCUUGGCAGGAAGCGAGGUGGAGGUGGAUUCAAGGAAAGCUGUGAUUGUUGACAAGUUCAUGCGGACCAAUAUAACAGAUAUUUUUAGCGCUGGAGACGUUACCUCCUUCCCUCUGGCCAUCCGUGGAGACCAAAGGGUCAGCAUUGGUCACUGGCAAAUGUCACAAGCUCAUGGAAGAGUAGCUGCCCUGAACAUGCUGAAGAAACCGACCCAAAUUGAGUCUGUUCCUUUCUUCUGGACAGUGUUGCUUGGGAAGAGUAUCAGAUACACAGGCUAUGGCGAAGGAUACACAGAAAUUAUAUUCAAAGGCAAAGUGGAAGAGAGGAAAUUCCUGGCAUUUUACAUAAAGGAUGAGGUGGUGGUAGCUGCGGCGAGCCUGAUGUUCGAUCCUGCUGUGUCACGUCUCGCAGAGCUGAUGGCCACUGGCCAGAUUUUAAAAAAGGCCCAGGCUCAAGAUGAUGACUUGAGCUGGAUGCAGAUGUGACCAGAGGCCUGCUGUAUCCAGGACUAACACCGCUCAUUGACGACGGAUGUCGCCUCUCUCGUCCGUGUUCCUCUCAAUCAAAUAGUGCCAAACUUGAUUGCUCCAUUUACUGCCUCAGGCCUGCUGGCCGCCAAUCGGAUCACCGCUCUUACACGGAGCACUGUUACCAUAGCAGCAAGCACAGCUUUAUUGAAUUUGCACUUUGUGCACCCAGUGAAAAAUCAGUUUAAGCGUAAUGAGCAUAGCCUGGACAAGACCAAACUGACUCGCAGCAGUUUCGCCUGCAUUUAUUCCAAGUUUUGACGACAGCUACAGUAAAAGUGUGAUGUGUAAACCAACAAAUUUUUUGAUUGCUAUUAGCUAUACAACAUAAUAUUCAAAUGUUUUGGUGAACUUCAAAUUUUACGAUCCCAGCUAUAAUAGUACUUUGUUACUUUAUUAUUACUAUCCUACAGUAGUUUUAUCCACUUAAAAUACACACUCCACUCGACCUGUCUGAAGAGUUAAUAUAUUUAGGACUAACUUUUUGAAAAUUGACGAUUAACAGUUCAUUCACUUUUUUACUUCUAUGUUUCAUGUGUACUGUAAUGACUUAAUCCAUUAUACUGCAAGUGCUUACAGCAGAGAUGUAGUUUAUUGUUCAGAACAUAGAAUCUGGAUGCUUUGUGAUACAUUAUUAAGGCUCAGGUAUUAAAUUAUUUGUUGAGUUAGGAGCUUUAACAGCGCUGAUUAUUCAUAUCUCAUUAUAUUUACUGUUGUCAGCCUGUGGGUGCAAUAUGAGGAUGUGUUCUCUGGAUUUUUUUUUUCCUGUAGUUGUUUGUGUUACACUCACUACAGUAAAUCAUUGAUCAUGUGUACAUAACCUUUUCUGCUUUAUUUGUUUUAGGUUUUGACAGUCAGACAGUUGCUUUUGCAUCUCGAAUGGUUAUUGAAAAACACAAUGUAAUCGUCAUCAUGUGUGGUCAAACCCUUUUUAUCAAACACACUAGGGAGGGAUUAUGUGUUACGAUUUUUAAUUCCACUUCUGUUAUUAUUUGCAGCUCUGAAUCUGUUCAACUUGUCCCCUUUUCUGUCAUACUGUGCUUUUUGUGCGCUUGUGAGAGUUUAACAUCUCAUAAACCAUCCGCUGCCUGUGUGUGUCCUCGGUCUUCAGAACAAUUUCUUCUGUAUUCAGCGACCUCCUUUAUUUGCUUGUUUUGGAGCAUUUUUUGACAGAGGAUCCCAGUUUGUCAGCCAGCAGGAAUGGGUUGAGGCUGCAGUACUGAGGAAAAAAAUAAAGAAUAUCAAUGGUCA